AUGGUUAACCCAGAAACUCCACGCGACUUUGAUGGGUGCACAUUCUCUCAUGGUCUGGAGGACUGCCGCAUGGUUUAUCACAUGAGCAGUUUUAGAUAUGAGUUCUUCUUUCUACCUGGCGCUACCGCUGAAGAAUGUGUUGCGCAUUGUCGUGGCGAGUUGGCUGCUCGAGGUACCAUGUGGCACCAGGUCCGCAAGGUGACGCAAGCCUGGAAGAAGCACGCCGCAAGCGAAGAAGCAGUUGAUGAUCCAGCUGAAGCGUUACCUCCUGGCGAUGACGAUGAGCCUCAUUUCGGUGUCACAAGUGAACAAGGACUUCCUGGGUUCCCAUGGGCGAAAAAGGCUAGCGACUGUGGGGUCCUGACCAAGACCACGAUGUCUGCGUCGUCCAAUUUGACCCUAUGCCCAUCGAAUGGGAAGAAGGAGCAAGGGUCAGAUGGGAUCCGAUGGAACACCCUAUUCAUUUAA